AUGUCUGUGCAAGAUGUCUCGUUUAACCAGUCAGCAAGUUCUCGGUCACAGAUCAGCCAAGGACCACGUCUAAAAAGUUUACAUGCCGUGUUGGAGAAAAGUCUGUCUGAAGUUUUAACCAAUUUCAGGUAUAAUGGAUCUUGUAUCGACCAAAUUCAAAGGCGUAACGUGUCCGAAAAAUUGAAUGAGUUUGACGCGCUUAUCGAAAAAGCUCAAAGAGAAAGGUCACCAGAAGAUCAAUCACCGUUAGAUUAUCCUGUAAGCCCCCCAAAAAUACUGCGCGCGAAAACAUUGCCGAUUAAAGAAGAGGAACUGAACCGACUGGAAAAAGAAUUCUUAAAGAUGAGCGAAGAAAACGCACGUCUAAUGUCAGAAUUGAAGUUUAAGAAGGAACGAUCAACUAAAGUGUCAUCUUCUGUUCAAGAAAUAAUAAUCGAAAUUAACAAGGUGGUAGAAGUUACGACUGAAAUACCCGUGGGCGAAAUGCAGACCAUCAUCGAAACAAUUAACAACAAUAGUUCAACUUAUCUCGAAGAAUCGUCGGUUAUAUUAAAUUUUGGCGAAGAAGUUGAACAGACCAUUAAUGAUCAUGCAUUCAACAAAUAA